UAAAAAAGAAAAUGUUUCGUAUCGUUAUCGUGAUAUAUAUAAAUAUAUCAAACAUUAAAACGAACAGUAUUAAAAAAUAAAUUCAGUCGCUGUGAAUUUCAUAUGACCAUACUUAAAAAAGUAGAUGUAAAGUUGAAUAAGACAUUGCGGUACGACCCUGGUGGUACAUCCAUUUUAACUACCACUAUAAGGUGAGGUUAAGCAGGUUCAGUCAAUAAUUAUUGUAUGUGGCAACACGGCGGCUUUUGAUGGUGUUCAACCAAAAUGUCGAACCGGCUGUUAAUAAUCCAGUUUAUUGAAAACCUUUUCCAACAACUCAGUCGCCCGCAGUCUCGAAGUGGUGCAAUAAUUCUCCAAAGUUGUUUAUCAACAAAUCGCGAGUGGGAAUGUGAACUUUUAAAUUCAAGUUCAAGUCCUCCAUUUAAUUUGAGGAAAUAAAAAAAUUAAUAAAAGUUCGUAGGAAUUUCUGUGAUAAAUAUUCAUAUUUUUGAUUUUAAAAGUGGUAGAAUAAUAUUCCUUAUUUUUUGUCUAGUCAUUAUUUUAUAAUCACGAUAUGUAAAAACGUGAUUCAAAAUUCGAGUUAUAAACAAUUUUGAUUGUUAUAAUUCAACGUUAUUUGAAUACUAUAAUCAAUUUAAAAAAUAUAUUCUUACGUAUUUAGGCCCGUAUUAUAAAAAUGUAGUAAGUUGAAUAUUUCUUAUUUGAAUUUAUAAACCGGUUUCCAUUCUUUCCAUUUGCAAUUUACUAUUUCAUUUAUACCUCUUUUCUAUUUUGAACCCCGUUUCUUUAGAUUUUCUUGUGAUAUAUUCGAGUUAUACUAUUAAACUUAAACUGUAUAUUUUUGCUUUUGUUUUCGUAUCUAUUUAUUGUUGUUCUUCCUGCAACGUUUUAUUUUGGCAGCUCCCAGUUAGGUUAAAAGUCGUCUUCUCUUUUUUGGUGUUGGACUAAAUCCGUAGACUAUUAUCUCUUAUAAAUCAGAAAUAGUAAUUUUUUUUACGUAUUCAUAUACUGAAUUAAAUUCAGAUAAUGUUAAUAAUUCGUUUUUAUUUCUAUUAAAUAUUUAUUCUAUUGUUGCAUAGCGUUAUCUUAGGAAGUUUUCGAACUUCAAGCUGUUUAUUUUCAACAAAAGAUUAUACCAUAUACGAGGGUUGGUACGUAUGUUUUAAGAUACACAAAUAAAAACAAAUAUUUAUAAUUGGUUGUGGAUUGUUUCUCUAAAUAUUCUCAAUUAAGAUCAAUACGCUUUUUCACGCGUUUGAACUAAUCUUUGAAACAUUUUUUCCAUUGACCAAAAACAUUGCUGUUGGUUUAAUUCACGUAGAAAAUCGUUCACGUUUUAAUUCCAGUUUUUAACCAAAGGGAAUGUUUCAAGUAUCUGUAAACAACCCGCAUAGCCCUCGUAUGACAGCACGUUCUGGAUACGGUCACUAUUUAAAACGUCAAACUUUAUAUGUCAGAUUUGACAUAUUCACAUCAGUGUUGCCAUAUGUUCAAACUUAACUAGGAACUCUCGUAGAUAGUGCUGCUUUUGAUCUAUUAUUUUAUAUUACACAUAAAUACAAAUAAAGUAUCAACUUUUCUCAUUUUAAUAACACAUUUUUUUUUAAAUUGAUUCAUAUUAUAACAAUUUACUGUUGCUUAAACUAAUCAACAAACAUUAUUGUUAUAAUCGUCAUUCUAAUGUUGAUGCCUAGAUACGUUUUUACGUAGGGACGGUUUCUUCACGUUCUAAUAAAGUGCCAAAUAAUUAUUAGCCACAUAACUUUAGUAGGAAUAUUCAAUUGUCGAAUAAAUGUAUUUGUUAGUUUAUUAUGUACUUAACUGUUGGUAACACCAUGAAAGAUGUCUAUAUAGCAAUCGUCCAUGUAUUGAAUAAGGAUAGAAAUAAACGAAAAAACGUUGUUUUAUUGACGGAUUCUUAUGAUCUGUGUUUGUGACAGUUGUGUUUAGAAGUUAUAAAAGUUAUUUCUGGAAAAAUAAACUGAGCGGUGGGAUUCUGUAUGAGGAACCGAUUAUAAAAUUCAUCAUUAAAGCAUCCAUAUUAAAUAUUUAAUUAUUUUUAUAAGGAAUAUGUCGGAAAAUGAAUUAACCAAAUAAAGGUAUAAUAAAUAAACAAACGACUUUUAAUGUAUAAUAUUUUAGGUUAAGUGUCUACUAAAUUGACACUUCUGAGUGCCUGAUAACUUAUUUGGCGAUUCAUUCGAAGGUUUAAGUUAUUAGAAGGUUAAGACGAUUUUUUUUAAUCGGUAAAUAAUAGUUAGUAGGGAUUUUAUUAGGAAGUGAAGAAACCGGGGCGUAAGAUACUUAAAUAUCGCGUAAAUUAUUUCGAACUGUAACAGGUGGUUAAAUAAAAAUGAGUGUUUAAUUAAUUUAAAGAAAACAUGCUGUUAUUAACUGCCGACGGUGUUAUAAACAUAACGAACUUUACUAUCGGGAAUUACAGUGUAUUCACCUUAAAUGAAGGAUUUAAAAAUUCAGAUCCCAUCAACCUGUACCCGUUUUCAAUUGUGCUGCCGUUCACAAUUAUCUACAUCUUCGUCUUCAUAUUAGGAGUAUUGGGUAAUAUAAGUACUUGUACAGUGAUAGCAAGAAAUAAGAGACUGCAAACAGCUACCAAUUAUUACCUAUUCAGUUUAGCUUGUUCCGAUAUGUUGUUGUUAUUAUCCGGAUUACCUCCGGAAAUGUAUAGGAUAUGGUCUCCGGAUUAUUACAUAUUCGGACAAGCGUUUUGUAUCGUACAAGGAUUGGCGGCCGAAACUUCCGCAAACGCUACUGUGCUCACAAUAACGGCGUUCACCGUCGAAAGGUAUUUGGCGAUUUGUCACCCUUUCAAAUCCCACGCCUGGUCUAAACCCAGCAGAGCCGUCAAAUUCAUAGCUGUCAUAUGGAUAGUAGCUUUAGGUUUGGCUAUACCGCAAGCGAUACAAUUUGGCGUCGUGGACGAGAUACAAAACGGUACUUUGAUUAGAUUAUGUACUAUCAAAAAUAUAUUUUUCGACCACGCUUUCGAAAUAUCCACUUUCGUUAUAUUUUUCGUUCCUAUGAGUUUAAUUACCGUUUUAUAUGUUAUGAUCGGUAUACAGUUGAGGAGAUCCGAGAAUAUUUCUUCUUCGAGGCACACGUCUUCGAAUAGCAGCGACCAGAGAAACCAAUACGGUAGGAAGAAUGUUAGUAGGAAUAACGCAGCUCAAAAGAGGGUGGUUAAAAUGUUAGUUGCAGUAGUAGCAGCUUUUUUUAUCUGCUGGGCGCCAUUUCACGCGCAAAGACUAUUAGCCGUUUAUUUAUCAACUGCACCAACCGAAACACAAGAAAUGUUUUCAGAUUUAUAUCUUUAUUUAAUGUACAUUUCUGGGGUACUGUAUUUUAUUUCCACGACGGUUAAUCCCGUACUAUAUCACAUUAUGUCGAAAAAAUUUAGGACGGCAUUUAAGGAAACGUUCUAUGAUGUUUGCUGUUGUAAAUCUAUGAAUAAAGGUCAUUACGCCGCGAUAAGGAGAGUACCACCGAAAAUGCGCGACAUGCCCCGAUCUGCAUCCGAAGGUUUGGCCAACAACCCCAAUCUACCACAUCCUAGCUCGAAGUUAUCCGAAAGUAGGGGAAGCAGUUUUCUGUCGAAUUCGAGUAGGACUACAUCUCUUUGUGAUAGAAAUAGAUCGAUAGCUUGCGAACGAGGAUUGGAAGAGGAGAAAAAUAAUUUUGUUCUACCGUUAAAAUUCAAUAAAAUAUCCCAAAAACAAGGAUCAGAGUCCAAGAAUAGCGUCAUCAGUAAUUCUAGUUUGAAAGAUGCCGACGUAGAUGAAUUUACUCGUUGUGAUUUGGUUAAAAAUAUGAUUAAAAUAAAUGAUGAUUUAAAAUAA